UGAUCGUUAUCCGUAUCCUCACCGUAACACAUACAGCGAUCCUCGACCCAGACAGCGUGCUCCGUCUAGACAACCAUGGGGCCAACGAACUUCAAGUGCCUCGGGAUCACGAACACCAUCACGAGCUACACGACGCUGGAUCUGUUGGUUCCACUAUCGCCAUGGGAACAAGGCAGAGAAUUGCGAGAAGGAACAUCCCAGCGAUCCACAGACUACAUGUAUUUUUUUCGACGAGCAUCUCCCAGUUUACUCCCGAAAAAAAUAGUGCGUUUCUCUCUCACCACACAUCCCGAUUGCGCAACUCUCACCGGCAGAGCCGAACCAGUCAGCACCAGCUAUAACACAUCCCAACGACAACCUGCGUGCAGCACCAGCUUACCAUCACACACGACCACAACACUAAACACGUCUAGCACCAGCAUCAAGCUGAACCCCGGUAAAGCAGAAAUCAUCGAGCGAAUAUACGUGAACGACAGCAGAACCAACAACAAGUUCCUGAUCGACACCGGCGCGGAGAUUUCGGUUAUACCACCGUCAUACAAGGACAGAAUGAACCCGAUGCCAGCCAGGAAACUUUUCGCCGCGAAUGGUAGUUCAAUCGAAAUCUUUCGUUUUAGAUAUUAGAGGAAAGAAGUGCGAAAUAUCCGUCGAUCGACUGAAAGCAGCGAGAUAUGAUGAGCCAGACACCCAACAGCCCGACCCAGCCGAUCCUCAAAGGGCUGUCUACCGGACUCGAUACGGCAGGAAAAUUUAUCAACCGGAUAAAUUUUAAAUGAAGGGGGAAGUGAUGUGGCGUAACUAGCAAGCAAGCUCGCACGCAAGCCAGCGGCGAGUACUAAACACCGAAGUGUAGCUGCAUGAGUUCGGAUAUCCGAUCGAGGAAAACUGCGCGGCCGAUACUGACCAGGAAGGUCAAUGUGAAAUAAAACGCUCUCUGUUAUCCUGACCACGAAGCAAACCGGACGUGUAAGAUAUCAUCCUUUUUCCACAUCCGAAUACACCCUUUGAUAU